AUGGAUCUCAAGUACAAUAUCAUGGUGAGUGUCAAGAGGUGCCAAGUUGGAGGAUCAGUUUACACAAACAAACAAACCAUCCAACUCAUGUUCGGUAGUGGAAGAAGAACUGGUGGAAAUGAUUUUAUUGAUCGAGAAGAAUCAAAACAUUUUCCUACUAGACCUGUUGAUCGAGAUAAAGCAGAAGCCGAAUUAACUCUUAAUAUUAAAAAAGCAACCUCACCUGAAGAAACUGCACCAAAACAAAAACAUGUUAGAAAAUGUAUUGUUUAUACUUGGGAUUAUCAUUCUUCUGCAUCGAUUUGGACAGGACUUAGAGUUCAACCUAUCUUAAGUGAUGAAGUUCAAACUUUUAAAGCUUUGAUUAUGGUACAUAAAGUUUUACAAGAAGGUCAUCCGGUCACUGUAAGAGAAGGACAACAACAAUCAGGUUGGUUAGAAACUUGUGCAAGAACGAUUGGCCAUGAUGGAUUAAGAGGUUAUGGUGCUUUGAUUCGUGCAUAUGUUUCUACUAUUUUGGCUAAACUUAGGUUUCAUAGACAACAUCCUGAAUUUAAUGGAUUAUUCGAAUACGAGGAAUACAUUUCAUUAAAGAAUAUAGAUGAUCCAAAUGAAGGUUAUGAAACUAUUACAGAUUUGAUGAAUCUUCAAGAUCAAAUCGAUUCAUUUCAAAAAUUGAUCUUUGCACACUUUCGCGGUUCGACUAAUAAUGAAUGUCGAAUCAGUGCACUUGUACCUCAAGUUAAGGAAAGUUAUGGGAUUUAUCGAUUUAUCACUAGUAUGUUGAGAGCCAUGCAUCGUCGUACGGAUGCAAUGGAUGCACUUCAACCUCUACGAGAGAGAUUCAACGCUCAGCAUUCUAAUUUACGAAAGUUUUAUUACGAGUGUAGUAAUCUCAAGUAUCUUACCGGUCUCAUCAACGUUCCUAAACUUCCUCAAGAACCACCUAACUUGACGAAUAGUGGAGAUGCACCUGAAUUACCAAGAAGACCAGCAAAGACACCAGAAGUGAAACCGAUCCCACCUAAACCUGAAACACCGGCUCCUGAUAUAGCCGAACAAGCAAGAAUGUUAAAAGAGUAUGAACAAAAACAAGCCUUACUUCAAGCAGAAAGAGAUGCAGAAGCCAGAAGACAAGCUGAAUUACAAGCUAAACAACAACGAGAUUUUGAAGAGAUGCAACGAAUGCAAGCUGAAAGAGAAAGAAUGGCACAAGAUGAUUUGAUGAGACAGCAGAUGGCAGGCAUGGCAGCGGGUCGAGUAGCUGAACUGGAACGUGAGAUCUUAGCGAUGAGAGGACAGUAUGAACGAGAUCAAAUGAUGUUAGAACAGUAUGAUAGAAGAGUUAAACAACUUGAACAUGAAAUGAUGAUGGUCCAACAAAACAUCAAUGCACAAUUAUCAUCGAAAGAUGAGAUGAUGAAUUCGCUACAAGAUCAAGUGACUUUAUGGAGAAACAAAUAUGAAGCGUUGGCAAAACUUUAUUCACAAUUAAGAACUGAACAUUUAGAUAUGUUAAGUAAGUUUAAGGCAAUGCAAUUGAAAGCUAAUAGUGCUCAAGAAGCGAUUGAUCGAAUGGAACGAAUGGAGAGGGAUAUCAAAGCUAAGAAUCUAGAACUUGCGGAUAUGAUUCGGGAACGAGAUCGAGCUAGAUUUGAUGUUGAUCGACUUAAGGCUAGUCAUAAAGAUGAAAUCGAACGAUUGAGGCGUGAUUUGAGAUUUGCCGAGGAACGAGCAGAAGAUGCGACUCGAUCACGUAGCUCAGAGACAUCGAGCGUGAUUGCCAAGUACAACCGACAAUUGAAUGAGCUCGAAGAUAGCUUGAGGAGUAAACAAAACCGAAUUGAAGAACUUUUACGGAUGGUUGACGAAAAGACUUUAGAAGCCUCUAGAAUUGCAGAUGAAAAAGAUCAAGAAUUGUUAAUCUUACAGGAAGGCAUGGAUCAUACGAUUCGACAAAUGACCGACAUGUCACUCAAUCAAGGUGAAACUGAUCAAGCCUUAAAUGCUCAAAUUGAUAAUUUAAUUUUAGAUAAUCAAAAGAAAUUAAAUGCGAUUAUUGAUUCGAUCAUUCAAGCAUGUGUUUCUAGAAUUGAUGAUGCGAUCUAUGAAUUAGAAUCAUCCAUGCAAGCUGGUAAUGAAUCAGCUACACCUGAAUAUACUUUAUCUAUGAUUGAAAAAGCUCAAACGAUCUCCAUGGAAUUUGCAGCUGUGUUUGGAUUAUAUCUAGAUGGUGCACCGGGUGGUGAACAUGUUGAGGUGAUCAAAACAUCUAAUAGUUUAGCCAAUUGUAUUGCCGAAGUUUUAGUGAAUACUAAAGGGAUCACCAGGUUUGCAUCAAAUGAUGAAGCAGUAGAUGCAAUGAUUCAAGUUGGAAAAUCAUCUGGAGAUAUUUCAUUAAAGUUUUUUAGUAGUUUAGUUUCUUAUCGAUUGAAUAUGUUGACACCACAAGCCAGGAAAGAAAUGGUCGUCAAAGGAAAUGCUGAAACACGUACUGGACUUCAAAACUUAUCUGCAACUGUUGAAGGAUUAAUUCCGAAAGGAUCGACGGAUUUAGCUAAGACGAAUGGAGAGAUUGGAGAAUUAGUUGAUAGAGAAAUGACAAUGGCAGCUCGAGCGAUAGAAGAAGCGACUAAACGACUUGAAGCACUUAUGUCUAGACCUAGAGAUCAACGUCAUACGGCUAUUGAGAUCCAAGUUCAUGAUGCGAUUCUUGCUGCUUCUUUGGCUAUUACAAAUGCGAUUGCAAGAUUGAUUGCAGCUGCAACCGAAUCCCAAAGUGAGAUUGUUGCACAAGGAAAAGGAUCGUCUACAGCUCAAGCGUUUUAUAAACGGAAUAACCGAUGGACAGAAGGAUUGAUUUCAGCAGCAAAACAAGUAGCUUUUACGACCACUUAUCUCAUCGAAACAGCCGAUGGAGUCAUCAAUGGAACUCAUACUUUAGAACAGCUGAUUGUAGCUUCUAAUGAAGUGGCAGCAGCUACGGCUCAAUUAGUUCAAUCUUCUAGAGUUAAAGCUGAAUUGAUGAGUAAAACUCAAAUGAAGUUAGAAUUAGCUGCUAAAGCGGUCACUGAAGCUUGUAAAGCUUUAGUUAAACAAGUUAAAGCUAUUAGUGCAAAGAAUUUAGAAUUGAAAGAUCGAAUUGAUUAUAAUCAAAUGCCAGUUCAUGAAUUCAAAGUAAGAGAAAUGGAAGUACAAGUUUCGAUUGUUACAUUGGAAAAAGAAUUGGUUGAUGCCCGUAGGAAAUUAGGAGAGAUGAGAAAGGCUGGAUAUCAUACUGAAGAUACGAUUUAA